AUGCGUAUCAAGGUCACCACCGGCAAGACGAAACAGCUACCAAUUCCGCCUAGCGUCGGCAACACUGCCGUCGGAAUGACUACCGUCCACAAUCCCUUGAGUGGUGUAUGGUUCACUCUCGGGGGGAAUGCCACUGGCGGCACCGGCACCUUUGGCCAUAUCGGAUCCGAAGGCAAGAUGAAGUUCUUCCAGCUCCAGCAUCCGAUGCUCGGCACCAAUUCCGGUCUACUGCAUAUCGCUGACGCGUGGAGCGCAGUUGGUGAGCCAGCCUUAUGGCUCUUGUCGACGUCGCUGCUUAGCUCCAAUUCGCCCGAUGUCUUGAUCCUCGUGGCUUUUGACGACGACAUCACAUCCAUUGCCGGCGAAGAGUACAUCUCCAUGCUCACUCAACACUCCAAGGUGCACCGCAUCUUGACCAUGGAUCCCACGGUGUUGGUGUCCGAGCUCUCCACAUUUACACUCGCCCUCACGUACAGCAGUACGGGUCCCGGGGAAUGGCUGCCAGCUCAGUCUGUCAGUAACAAGGUUUAUGCCGAGGCCCUUUGA